AUGUCUUUUCACUCUCGACGAGCAUUAAUCGGGACGUUCACUCUGAAAGAAGCCACCUGGUUGAUGAUCGCCUUGUUUACGGGACUAGCCGUCGCCACAGUAUCUCAGGCCCACCAGGUCCCCAUUCUACAACCCCAUAUCCCUCAAAGAGAGAACCACAACUUGGGGCAUGGGGAAUAUGAGUUUUCUCUCCGUCAUAUAUAUCACCGUGGUACAUCUAAAGAUCCAGAUCUCCAUCUGAGACUCGAUGUCACGCCAGAGACUCGUUUACAGGUCCUUUCUGAGGACACAGGCUUGCCAGAGCCUGUAGAAGCAGGCAAUGAGCCUCUCAUCUCGAGGUCUAGGUUUUUAACUAUACAUAGGCUGGCGGACCGUCGUCCGUCAGCGAUCGAAAGCUACCGUGUCAGAUCGUCUGAAGCCACUUUUACUUUGCCAUGGGUUAUGGAUGAAAUUGCUGGACCAGAUGUCACUAACAAAGAAACCAUUAUUACCUUCGCGAAAAUGACCGCGAAUGACUAUAUUCAGGAGCCAGGUACCGGUGACUGGAACCAGAUCAGUGGACGCUUCAACUGGUCUGCAAGUUUCGGAUGGCUGGGAGACGGAUUACGAGGUCAUAUCUAUGCAGAUAAAACUAACAGCACUAUUGUCGUCUCAUUGAAAGGCACAUCUCCUGCCUUGUUUGAUGGAGCGGAAACUACGACAAACGAUAAAUUAAAUGAUAACCUAUACUUUAGUUGCUGUUGUGGUCAGGGCGGCUCCUACCUUUGGCGGCAAGUAUGCGACUGCUCUACAUCCGUCUAUACAGCCAACGAGACUUGCAUAACCAAGGAACUUCACAACAAAGAUAGGUAUUAUGAAUCUGCUAUUGAUUUAUAUACCAACGUCACCCAGGUCUAUCCCAACGCAAAUGUGUGGCUAACGGGGCAUUCUCUUGGUGGAGCAAUGAGUGCACUUUUGGGACUUACAUUUGGCCUUCCGACGGUAGCAUUUCAAGCUAUACCCGACGCAUUACCUGCAGCAAGACUCGAUUUGCCCACUCCUCCUGGAUAUAACGGUAUGUUGCCUCAGUCGCGAAAGAACACUGGUAUCUUUCAUAUUGGUCACACUGCAGACCCCAUAUAUAUGGGAGCAUGCAAUGGUGUUGGCUCUACCUGCACUUGGGCCGGAUAUGCGUUUGAGUCUGCGUGCCAUGUUGGCGAAAUGUGCGUUUAUGACACAGUCGGGGAUAAAGGUUGGAGAAUGAGUAUUAGCAGCCAUCGAAUCAACACUGUCAUCCCUGAUGUUUUGGAGGCGUAUGACGAGGUCCCCUCAUGCGCACCGGAAGAGGAGUGUUAUGACUGUCAACUGUGGAAAUUCUUCAAGAGCAACGGCUCGGAAAUAAGUACUAGUAGCCCGGCCAUCACGUCCACAUCAACGUCAGCUACUACCAGAACUUCAACAUGCGAAACACCAGGCUGGUGGGGAUGCUUGGAUACAACGACCACGAUGGCUAGUACCUCCUUUACGAGUGUAACGACAACUGCUACAUCUACCUGCAAAACUCCAGGAUGGUUUGGAUGCAAAGAUCCUAUUACAACAACGACUACUCGAACCUCAAUAUCGUGGAGUACGCAAACGUCGACGCCAAAUAACUCGACAGAUACUUGCCUGGACCCCUGUUGGUUUGGUUGUCGUGAUCCGACUGGAUCAAGGCCGGCGGUUUCUGGUCCUACCACUACUUCUGCUAGGCAUGCAAUUACUCCCGCUCCGAAUUUGUAA